UCGCUGCCGGUGCCCUCGGGGGUCCCCGGGCUCGGGGAUGUGUGGCCAGUGCCCGUCCUUGGCAUCAUCCUUGGCAUCGUCCUUGGCAUCAUCGUGUCCCAAAUCCCCUGGGAUUUUGGAAAUCCAGGUUAGCGCAGCGUCCCAGCCGCCCUCGGCCAUUCCCUGCCCCUCUGCAGGUGUGCCAGAGCUGCCUGAGAACUGGACGGACACGCGGGAGACGCUGCUGGAGGGGAUGCUCUUCAGCCUCAAGUACCUGGGCAUGACCCUGGUGGAGCAGCCCAAGGGAGAGGAGCUCUCUGCAGCCGCUGUCAAGAGGAUCGUGGCCACCGCCAAAGCCAGUGGCAGGAAGCUGCAGAAGGUGACCCUGAAGGUGUCACCUCGGGGGAUUGUGCUCAGGGACAGCAGCACCAACGAGCUCAUCGAGAACAUCUCCAUUUACAGGAUUUCCUACUGCACAGCAGACAAGACCCACGACAAAGUGUUUGCCUACAUUGCCCAGAACCAGCUGAAUGAGAGCCUGGAGUGCCAUGCCUUCCUGUGCUCCAAGAGGAAAAUGGCUCAGGCUGUCACCCUGACUGUGGCUCAGGCUUUCAGGAUUGCCUUCGAGUUCUGGCAGGCAGCAAAGGAAGAGAAGGAGAAGAGGGAAAGGUCAAUCCUGGCAGCAGAAGGGACAAGCAGCCCUGGCUCAGAAACUGCUGCUCAUCCUGUCACAGCAGCAGCCAUGGGGAACCUGCUGGAUUUGGAGGAUCCUGCCAGGUCCCCCCUGGGCAGCAGCACCGAGUCCCCAGAGCUGGACAACAGCAGCUUUGGACCCAGCCCCUCGGUCAACAACAACGUGGUGUGGGAAAUGGAUGAUGGUCUCGACGAGGCGUUUUCAAGACUGGCCCAGUCCAGGACAAACCCCCAGGUGCUGGACACGGGGCUGACAGCUCAGGACAUCCAGAGUGCAGAGACUCUGUCCCCUGUGGACUGGAACAAAAUGGAGCCCAGCACAGCAGAGAAGGAUGAUCUGUUCAUGUUCUGAGGGCAGAGGCAUCCAGGACAGGAAAUGUUCCAGGUGCUGUAACCAGGGAACCUUCCAAGGGCUCUUCAGAGGAUGCCACAGCCCACUUUAGACCAAAGCUUCAUAGAAACCUAACGUGGAUUUUUCUACCUUGCUUUUAUCUAAGCCACGAGACGCUCUUGGACUUAUUUAUUCACGGUUUACAAAUGUUCCUGGGAGGUGUGGGGAGCACCUGCACACCACGGGAGGAGCUGCAGCGGUGCCUGCUCCUCCUGGGCACCACCAAACCCCUCUGGGAGCAUCCCCCAGCCAAGGGCAGCUCCAGGGGUUCCUCAUGCUCCCGUUCUGGAACAAACACAUCACCUGCCUGGCCAGGGAGGGGGUUUGCAGCAGAAAUCCAAGAAGGAGCAGAGUUUUUGUCCCAGUGUCUGUGGCACUCUCCCAGCUUCAGUCACCCCCCCCCAGGUCCUGACUCCCUGUGGGAAUCGACGCUUUUUAACCCAAAGACUCAAAGUUUUGCACUUUAAAAAACUUGAACUGAAAGCAGUGGUCCGAAUUGUCAAGGUAAGCAGUGCCUGGAACUUUUUUUCAGAAGCUAUUUACCCAAAAAUAGCCCACCUGGCCAUGCUGCAGCUCUGGCUCCAAGCUGACCCAUCACCCUAAAGCUCCGUUGGCUUUAAAAGCAAAACCAGCAGGGAAGGGAGGAUUUGUUUUGCUGAAUUCAGCUGGAAGGGGAAACUUGGGAGGAGGAGCAGGAUCACAGAUCCACGUUCCCAGCUUGGCCCAGCCUGUCCAGGACUUGUUCCUGCCUCAAAGCCAGGUGGAAUUGGAUCGGGCAGGAGCAAUUCCUGCCUGUGCCAAUGGCAAGGAAUGCACCUCCCAAUCUCCCCUUUUCUCCCUGGCAGCUCCUGGGGGGCUCAGGAAGCUCCAUCUCCCCCUGGAGCUGCAAAUCAGCAAUGGAGUUGUGUAAAGGUUAUGCUAAUUAAAAGAUGAAGUUUAACGAUCCCGAGUGGAUCACUGACACCUCACAGUGUUUGUGGCCUUACGUGAAGUGUACUAAUCUGUUUUAUAGAUUUGUAACUUGGGUUGGAAGCACUAAUUCAUUCCCCAGGUAGCUCUCCAGAACUCCCUUAAAACUGCUGGCAGGGAGGAAUAAAACCCUCUGUGUCAGCCCUAAGAAUUCAUUAGGAAGCAGCUGAGUGACUCUGACUUAGCUUUGAGAUAUUCCCCCCCCCUCAAGUGUGAGUGUGAGAAGGUGUGGAGGAUCUGUGGAGCUGACUCAUCAGGUCUCUGGUAAAACCUGUGCCCUGUGGAUCCUGCAGAGGUGUUGGAAGCAGUUUCACAUUCUGGAAUUGCUGUGGGCAGCCCCAGCCCCUGGGGUGGGAGAAGCAGCAGAGCUGGUGCUGCAGGCACAGGGCACAGGCUGCACCAACCCAGCAGGGCUUGGAGCCAGCCCUGAGCCCAGGGAGUUCAGGUCUCCCCAGCAAACUGGGCUGGACUGGGAGGAUUUCUCUGUGCAUUGACCUCUCUCUUUUCCUAGAGACUCCAGCAGCAGAUCCUGGGAUUCACAGUACUAUCUAUGUGUGUCUAGAGUGGGAUUUAUUUUUAAAUAAAGAAAAAUAUUGCUAUAAAGAAUAUUCCGUACUGAGG